AUGUCCUUUGAACCGAAGCAGAAGGUCGAGCUCGAUGCACCAAGGGACGAUCCCAUCACCCUCGACUAUCUGGCCAAAUGUGACGGCACUCAUGCCGACUAUCCGACAUAUGUCGCCAUCAAAGGUACCGUAUUCGAUGUAUCUGGCAACAAGGCUUACGGACCAGAAGGCUCGUACAAGCUCUUCGCCGGCAAGGAUGCAUCACGAGCACUCGCGCAGUCAUCACUGAAGGAAGAAGACUGCAGUCCGGAGUGGGAGGACCUGUCCGAUGAGCACAAGAAGGUUCUGAACGACUGGUUCACUUUCUUCAGCAAGCGCUACAACAUCAAGGGUAAAGUCGUUCGCGCGAAUAGUGCGUAG